AUGAUACUGACCUUUGGCGAGAAGCCGUCGUUUCAUCUACAAAGACUAAUUUUGAAUAUUAUUUACCACGAAGUGCCUUUUAGUCUCGGAAGCACCCGUUUCAUGAAGGUUGCCAGAGGUCGCAAUAGCGAAGGAGCCUGUGUUUGGAAGGUUUUCUUGACGCAGGAAGAUGCCAUCGUCUACGAACCAUAUCGUAAAGGAGUGUUUCGGAUACGAGAUGCUCUCGUAAAUGCGCCAAAUUGUUGUGUCAUGAAGAGGAUCUACGUUAGCGUUCUUGAUAUUUCUUCUCCGAAGAGCCGUUCUAUCAAAAUCAACACGAAAAUCGCUCAGGUGACUCCAAAAUGGGCCGUUUUAAUACGUCCGUUCCAGAAGCAAACGCUCUGUGAUCGACUGAGUACAAGACCUUACAUUAUUCAGCAAGAAAAAAUAUGGUACAUAUACCAAAUUUUCAAGGCACUAGCACAAUGCCAGAAAGCAAACGUAUGCCAUGGUGAUCUGAAGUCACAAAAUGUUCUCAUUUCUUCGUGGAAUUGGCUACAAAUUACUGACUUCGCGCCAUACAAGCCUUCAUAUCUGCCUCAUGUGAGUCCAGAGAUGAUGUUCGCUCAGAGUGUAGGUAGCUAUUUUUGUUCAGAUGUACGUCUUAUUUCUGAAGGCGUUCUUACUAAGUUAACCAGAGACCUGGAGGAUAAUCCAUCAUCAUUCACAUUCUUCUUCGAUACAAGUCGUCACCAGCACUGUUAUUUGGCACCCGAGCGUUUCCUUUCCUCCGUUGACUACGAAAUCAAUCAUAAGGAGAAAGGAGAUGAGUGGCUUUUUGGUUCACUCGAGCACUCUAUGGAUCUAUUCGCUGCUGGUUGUGUCGUUUACGAGUUGCUUCAUGAAUCAGGAAAGCCACCAUUUUCAUACGGGGAACUGUGCAACUACAAGCUAAUGUCAGACAGCGAAGCAGCAGCAUUUGUGGAAAGGUUGCUGCUAAGUAUAGCACCACAAUACCGACCUCUCUUAAAAAUGUUGUUGUCACGUGAUCCAUCAGUGCGGCUUACAGCACAGCAAGUGGUGAGUUCAUUCAUUUCCAGGCUGAAACGAGACGAGAAAUCCAUUUGGCAACGGCUUACUGAAUGUGAGGAAAACCAUCCCUAUGCUGUGCUCUUCAUUUCACUCAUCACAGCCAACAUCCGUGUGUUACGAGGCGUUCCAGCUAAAAUCGAUGCCAUGAAUAUGCUUGUCAAGUUGUCCUCGCUUUGUGUUCCUGUGGUGGCAACUGAACGCAUACUUCCUUACUUGGUUAUCGAUGCCCAAGUACGUGCUGCAGCAGUCUAUUCAAUCACAGAGCUCUUACGACCAAUUGAGCCGACCACCUUCGAAGAUUCUCUUAUCUUCAUCGACUAUCUUCUGCCAGAAUUGCGCUCUACUGCUCACUUUCAGUCCUCAAUGCUGAGUGACAAGCGACAUCCUUGUCCGACUCAUGUUCUUCUUGCUGUUGCAACAAAUUUGGGAGAUCUUGCUGAAACUGCCUAUAGGUAA